GCUUAAACCAUCUGUCCUUUGAUCCUGCCAGCAACAGCAAAUCUCUGCAGUUUGGCAGCCCGAGUGGUGCAUGUGUGUCAGAAAGCCCAACUGAGAAUGGGAGUGAUCCAGGCAAGAAGAGGAAGAGAACAAACAUUACUCCAGCAGAUGGUGGCAGAAAUCUAAGCCUAGACUCCAUUUCAAUGGGCUUGCCAAUGUCAGACCCAACUGCCUGGGCCACUGCGAUGAACAACCUGGGGAUGGCUCCCAUGGGGAUGACAGGACAGCCCCUCCUGCCAGAUGAAGUAAAGCAUGUAGUUGUGAGAUGCUUUGACAAGACUACAAUGUCUAAAAUGAAUACACAUCAUCUUUCACGCCAUCCAGAUUUUGAUCCUGCUCUUGGAAUGAUGACUGGAAUCCCUCCAAUCAAUCCCAUGAUGCCAGGCUUGGGGAUAGUCCCUCCUCCCAUUCCUCCAGACAUGCCUGCUGUGAAGGAGAUCAUUCACUGCAAGAGCUGCACUCUUUUCCCACCUAACCCACAUCUGCCCCCUCCAGCAACAAGAGAGAGGCCCCCAGGCUGUAAGACCGUGUUUGUUGGGGGGCUGCCGGAAAAUGGAACUGAGCAGAUCAUUAUGGAAGUGUUUGAGCAGUGUGGAGAAGUCAUAGCUAUUCGGAAGAGUAAGAAGAAUUUCUGUCACAUCCGCUUUGCUGAGGAAUUCAUGGUGGACAAGGCACUGUAUCUUUCUGGCUACCGCAUCAGGUUGGGUUCCAGCACUGACAAGAAGGACACUGGGCGCCUGCACGUGGAUUUUGCCCAGGCUCGGGACGACCUCUAUGAGUGGGAGUGCAAGCAGCGCAUGCUGGCAAGGGAGGAGCGCCAUCGCAGGAGGCUGGAGGAGGAACGCUUCCACCCACCAUCCCCACCUCCUGUUGUGCAUUACUCUGACCACGAGUGCAGCAUUGUUGCGGAGAAGCUGAAAGAUGACACUAAGUUCUCAGAAGCUGUGCAGACCUUGCUCACCUGGAUAGAGCGUGGAGAAGUGAACAGAAGGACUGCAAACAACUUCUACUCCAUGAUUCAGUCGGCCAACAGCCACAUUCGCAGAUUGGUGAAUGAGAAGGCAGCUCACGAGAAGGAGAUGGAAGAAGCUAAAGAGAAGUUCAAGCUUGCCCUCUCAGGGAUUCUGGUUCAGUUCGAGCAAAUAGUGGCCGUGUACCAUUCUGCCUCCAAACAAAAGGCUUGGGACCAUUUCACGAAAGCUCAGCGUAAGAACAUCAGCGUGUGGUGCAAACAAGCAGAGGAAAUUCGUAACAUUCAUAAUGACGAACUAAUGGGCAUUCGAAGAGAGGAGGAAAUGGAAAUGUCUGAUGAAGAAAUAGAAGAUCCAUCAGAGAUGAAAGAAACAGAUGAAUCAGCACUGGUGUCACAGGUGGAAGCCCUGAAAGAAGAAAAUGACAGUCUGCGCUGGCAGCUGGAUGCCUACCGGAAUGAAGUAGAACUCCUAAAGCAGGAGCAUGGCAAAGCAAGCAGGGAUGAAGACACAACCAAAGAGCAGCAGCUGAAACUUCUCCAGCAGGCUCUGCAGGGAAUGCAGCAGCAUCUUUUGAAAGUUCAAGAUGAAUACAAAAAGAGGGAAGCUGAGCUAGAAAAAGUGAAAGAAGACAAACUAAAAAUCGAAACGUUAUUAGAAACCCUUAAGGAGCAGCAAAGUGUAGCAAAUGAAGAGGACAAAGAGAGAGAUGUUACUGAUGGCCAAGGGAAUGAGAGCAGUAUGCCAAGAGUUUGUGCAUGCAGCCAGGAGAAGGAGUGCCCAGUUGAGAAGACACUGAGCAAUAGCCCUGUGAAAUCAGAACGAGAAGCUCUCUUAGUUGGAAUAAUUUCAACAUUUCUUCAUGUGCACCCAUUUGGAGCAAGCAUAGAGUACAUUUGUUCCUACCUGCAGCGCUUGGACAGCAAAAUUUGCACCACAGAAGUGGAAGUUCUCAUGACCAGACUACAAACUACAUUUAAACAGGAGCUGAGUGGGGUUGGGGCCAGUUUGGAGAAAAAAUGGAAGUUUUGUGGCUUUGAUGGCUUGAAAAUGACUUGAACUUCAGCUGAACUGACUUAACACUGAAAGCAACAGCAGGAUGUGCGCAUCAAGAAAACUUGGGAUGCCUCUUAACUCUGUUUCUGAUGAUUAUCUUGCACGCAUGGGAUAAUAAUGUAAGUGAAAUUUUAAGUCCAGAUUAGCACUAGGAGAAACUUCAGGUGCUGGAGCUUCUUUGAGUUAUUUUGUUAACAGGCAAAGUGCUGUUUGAUACAUUUUGUGUACAAAGUUCAUGUCUGAUAUUUUUAAGCACAGCAUGUAGACCAAGUGUUUUGCCAAUGUUGUAUCUGUUUCGUGUGCCCAAAUUUCUGCUUAUCAUUGUACCUUCUUUUUACUGAUAGAAACAUGUAGACUAUCCACUGAGACAAUAAUUUUCUGGUUUCUAGAACCACCAAAAGGAGAAAGAAGGCAUUUUUUAGACAUUUAUAUGAUAAAAAAUUAAAUAUGUUUAAGCAGAAGAUUUAAUUAGCUCAGUGUCUCUCUGAGCCUAACAAUCAGUUCUUUUUCAUGCUCUUUUCUCUACCGAAAGUUUAGCUGUUAAGCUAAGGUGAAGGCAGUGUCACCAGGAGUGUGAUGAUAGCAGUACCUCUGGGGUGUGCAUUGCAAAAUCAGUCUGUAAUCAAACUUUUUGUGGGAGGGGUAUUUAAUUUUCUACUGGUCUGGGUGGAGCAAAAGGCCUACAUCAGGCCUGUAUUUUUACUAAUUGUUUACCAUCAAAUUUCUCCACCCGCUUUGUUUUUGAGACUGAUCUUCACGAAGUGUGAGAAGCAGCACAGACUGCAGCUUCCCAAGGGCUGUUCCUCAUGUUCUCAGUAAACGUCAGACACUCAGCCCUCUGCAGAAGAUUAGUAAGAUAGACUGUUAAAUGCUUUAACAAUCAAAAAACCAAACGAAAAAGAAUCCACACUGUCAUCAGACAGAGCUUUGGUAGUGGAUGCCUCCUGGAAUUGUAGAAGUGAGUGAGGGACCUGCAUGUAGCUUAUUGUGGUGCAGGCUGCAGAAACGAGUGGAACAAACCUUACUAUUGGGACCAGGUUGCCCAUGCUGAGGGGAGCUACCUGCUCACCUUGCUCCUGACGCUGAAAGACUGCUACACUGGAAACCCUUUUGAAGAAAUCUGAGUAUUUGUGUCACUACAAGUGAACAUUGUAUUUUUAAGGAAUAAACAUUUUUUAUGUUCCAA